AUGCCCGUGCCCCCCAGUAAAUGCAAGCGAUGCCAAGAAAAGCAAAUCAAGUGUGAUGAAGCCCGGCCAAAAUGUCACCGAUGCACCAGUGCGGGGAUUGAGUGUCCUGGCUACGCGCAGCACAGAUUUGUGGAUGAAAAUUCAAGAUUGAGACGGCGUUACGGCAAGGGAAACCGAGCUCGCAAUGAGAAAAAUACGUCGUCCUAUCACAAGAAUGGCUUUUUGUCUUGGCGAGUUGGAAUGCAAUAUCGAAGAAGCACUAGAUCCGUGAACCCCAGCCGGGAUAUCACAAAAGCACGAGACCGCUCUUUUGUGCACUCCGAAGAUUCGGCAUUACAGACGGCAGAGCAUGCGACUGCCUUUGAAGAUGGAAAUGAUGAGACAAUAUUGGAAAGCGACCAGCCAUUUGUUUACCAAACUGAUCAAGGGCAGAGUGGGACAAGACUGAACCACCUACAAAUCUCUACCUUUCCAUCGAUUUUGGAAAAUUCUGAAAGUUUUGGCGAUGGGCAGCCCACGGAGCGCUAUCUGCCACACCCCGGAGAUCUCUCUCAACAAAAUGUAAAGACCAGGCCCGAUGAGACUUGCUCAGACUUUAUCGGGAAUGAAUUUGAGGUUCAAUACCUUCUUCGACAUUAUUCUAAUGUGAUAGGUCCUUGGCUGGAUUUGUCAAACUCGGAUCAAUUCUUCACGGUCCAUGUGCCGAUUCGAGCGAAUGACAACUUGAGCCUCAAAUAUACAGUAGCCGCUUUUGCAGCAAAGCACUUGGGAAGAGUCAAAAGUAGUCGAUCUUCUUCGAGAUUCGAUACCUCGACAGGACUUGCAAAUAUGAACAUACAAGAAAAUGGUGUACAGAUCGAUUGGUCCCUACGAGCUGAACAUUAUCACAAAAUGGCAACUGCCGAGUUGAGCCAUAUCACAUUAAAUUCUUCCCUCUCCGGUUCCAGCAUGGCAACUUCUGUCCGUAAGUGGAUGACAUCGGAUCAUGGUUAUCAUAGCUUGGAUUUGAUUGAAAUCCCACGUGAUGUUUCCAAAUUGCGAACAACAGAGGAGCUACUUGUAUCACUUGUGCUUCUGACGCUGUACAAGUUGAUAGAUGAAAAUGCAGAAAACUGGCCGCAGCAUUUGUCUGAAAUUGGGCCACUAUUUGAAACUAUCCAAAACUUGCACACCGACCCAAGUCCGAUCUUCUCCCUUGGAAUCCAAGCGGCUUUCUGGACCUUUGUUCGACUAGAUCUCUUCAGCUCCUACUUUAACCGAUGUACAUCCUAUCUCGAUCCAGAAAAUCUGACACUAUGGCGGGCCGCGGGAAUAAAAAUCGACGACGGAGGAGGAUUCCAACUCCCACUACGAGAGGGAGGCUUGAUCCAAGAGUAUCAGGCUGCCAAUGUGGGAUUAUGGCUGGUCUUUAAGAUAGUCAACUUUCUCGCGAAGCAAAAACAAGCACAAAUGGCCCGAUGGGUUGGAUCACCACCUAUAAGCCUGGACGGCCGAAGCGUUCAAUCUCCCAACCAGCACCCAUUUCCCGACCCAGCAGUCUGGCUACGUCUCUGUUUUGAGCUCCAGGCAUGGUUCGAUUCACUCCCAGAGACAUUUCGUCCGUUUCUACGCACCGAAGAGCCAAAGGAUCCUUCUACAAUUGAAAGAAAGCCCAUACCUGAAAUAUUCUACGGCCGCUCAGCCUGUGCUGCGGCAAUACAGCACUACCACUUUGGACGGAUAGCGCUUCUUCUGAACCAGCCUAUGGAUCCGAUCAAUAGUCUGAGUACCUCUUUUGAUCGACUGCGCGGAGAGGUUGAGUUUCAUACUCGCGAGAUUUGCGGCAUCGCGUUAGGCCGUCCACCGGAUACUGUGCGGAUAUUCAUGAUACCAAUCUUGUUUGCUGUUGGGCAAUGUUUAGAGAAUCCAGAUGAACAUUUAUUCGUCGUGAAUCUUUUGAGAUCUGUGGAGACGGAUCUUGGAGGGGCCACUGAUUACACCAUUCAGAGGCUGCAGGCAUUUUGGAGCAGUUGGCACCGCAAAUGA